AUGUCGGUGCUCGGCGAGACGAACGCUGCUGACGGCGAGGAGACGGUCGCCGUGAUCGGAUCCGGCAUCAGCGGGCUCGCCUCCGCGUGGCUCCUCGCGCGGCAGGGCAAGCGUGUGACGCUCUUCGAGUCUGAGGAGACCCUCGGCGGCCAUGCGCUCACCGUCGAGACAAAGAUCGCGGGCCCGAUUGACCUCGGCUUCCAAGUGUGCAACCUGACCAACUACCCGCACCUGUUCGGCUUCUUCGACCAGCUCGGCAUCGACACCGUCGAGUCGGACAUGUCCUUCGCCCUCUCCACACCCACCUCUGAGUGGGGCUCUCGCGGCCUCGGCGCCAUCUUUGCCACGCCCGGCUCAGCCACCUCGCCCGCCCACUGGCGGAUGCUGCGGGACGUGCUCGCCUUUGGGCGGCAGGCGCCCGAGGUGCUCCGCAGCCCGGAGGCGUGGGAGGGCGUCACCCUCGGCAAGUACCUCGCCCGCCGCCGCUACUCGUCCGAGUUUGUGCAGCGCUACGUUGUGCCGAUGACUGCGGCCGUCUGGUCGUGCUCGGACGCGCAGGCGCUCGAGUUCCCCGUCGUGCCGCUCAUCCGCUUCUGGUCGAACCACCACCUCCUCUCCAUCCUCGAGCGGCCGGUGUGGCGCGUCGUCGAGGGCCGCUCGCGUGCGUACGUCGCGGCGGCGGCGGCGGCCAUCAAGGACGUGCGCACCGGCUCUCGCGUGGAGGAGGUGCGGCGGGUGGCGGCGGGCGAGGGCGGCGGCGUCGCGGUGCGCGUGGCGGGGGAGGCGCGCGAGUGCCGCUUCGACGCGGUGGUGCUGGCGACGCACUCGGACGUCUCGCUCUCCCUGCUGGGCGACGGCGCGAGCGCGGCAGAGAGGGCGGUGCUCGGCGCCAUCCGCUACAGCUCCAACGAGGUGUACGUGCACACGGACGCGUCGCUGAUGCCUCGCGCGCGCGCGACGUGGGCGUCGUGGAACUGCAUCAAGACGGAGCGGCCGGACGAGGCGACCGCCGCCGUCUGCGUCUCGUACUGGGUCAACCUGCUGCAGAACCUGCCCGCCGGCACGCCGGACCUCUUCGUGACCCUCAACCCGCCCUCGCCGCCCGACGCGGCGAAGACGGUCCGGCGGGUGCAGCUCGCGCACCCGCUCUUUGACGGCGCGGCGGUGGCGGCGCAGGCGCGGGUGGGCGGCCUGCAGGGCUCUGGCGGCGUCUACUUUUGCGGCGCGUGGUGCGGGUACGGCUUCCACGAGGACGGGAUCGCCUCGGCCGUCCGCGCCGUCGAGGCGCUCUGCGGCGGCGGGCCGGUCGUGCCGUGGGAGCCCUUCUCGUGCGACGCGAAGGUGGGCCUCGUCCCGCGCGCCUGCCUCAGCCUCUUCCUCCGCUUCGGCGACGCGAUGCUCUCGCGCGGCGGCGCCAUCCGCCUCAUCCUGCCGACCGGGGCCGACUGCUGGCUCGGCGACCGCGCCGCGCCGGCCGAGCAGACGGCGGUCGUGCGCGUGCGGCGCGCCUCCCUCUUCCAAAAGGUGGUUUGCAAGUCGGACAUCGGGCUCGGCGAGGCGUACAUGGACGGCGAUUACGCCGGGGACGUCUUCAAGCUGCUGCUGCUCCUCUCGCGCUCGAACUCGGGCAGCCCGUCGCAGCUGCGCCAGGCGACGGCCGGCGCCCUCGGCUGGGCCGGCGGCGCGCUCCACUCGCUCUUCGAGCGCCUCGAGCGCGACGCGCACUAUGCAAACUCAAACACAGAGGAGGGGUCGGCACGAAACAUCUCGUACCACUACGACGCGGGCAACGACUUUUACAAGCUCAUCCUCGACGAGACGAUGCUGUACUCGUCCGCCGUCUUCACGGCCGAGCGCGCCGCCGCGCUGGCGGCCCUCGACGCGGCCGGCAAGGAGGCCAGCCUCGAGGAGGCGCAGUACGAGAAGAUCGACGCGAUGAUCCGCGCCGCCCAGCUGCGGCCUGGCGAGCACGUGCUCGAGAUCGGGUGCGGCUGGGGCGCCUGCGGCGUGCGGAUGGCGCAGGUGGCGGGCGUGCGCGUGACGGGCAUCACCAUCUCGCGCGAGCAGCUCGCCGAGGCUCGCAAGCGCGCGCGCGAGGCGAACGUGGAGCACCUCGUCACCUUCGAGUUUUGCGACUACCGGAACGUGCGCGGCCAGUUCGACAAGGUAGUCUCGAUCGAGAUGAUCGAGGCGGUGGGGCACGAGCACCUGCCAACCUUCUUCGCCGCCGUCUCGCGCGCCCUCAAGCCGGGCGGGCUCGCCGCCAUCCAAGUCAUCACCAUGCCCGACGAGCGGUACGAGGCGUACUGCAACUCGCACUCCGACUUCAUCCGCACCCACAUCUUCCCGGGCGGCCACCUCCCGUCGAUGGGAGCGAUGACCGCCAUCUCCUCCCGCCUCGGCCUCGAGCUGCACGGCGCAGCCGACGUCGGCGACGACUACGCAAUCACGCUCCGCCUCUGGCGCGAGCGGCUCACCGCCCGCGCGCGGCAGAUCGAGGCGCUCGGCUACCCGCGCCGCUUCAUCCGCAUGUACGAGUUCUACUUCGCCUACUGCGAGGCCGGGUUCGCCAACCAGCUCAUCCACGACUACCAGCUCACCUUCCGCAAAUCGCCGCUCCCGCGGCCGCUCCCGCCGCCGACGGACGCGGCGCCGACGCCGGUCGACCCGCUCACGGCGACGCUGCUCUUGGUGUGGGGCGGCCUCACCGCCGCGCUCGUCGCCUCCAAGCCGCACAUGGCCAUCGUCCCCGCGGCGCUCGUCGCCGAGCGCACCGCGGUCACGUGGGCCGCGCUCCUCUCGUUGAGCGUGAUGGUGAUGCACGACAGCACCGUCCUGCUCUCCGAGGGCCUGACCGCUGGCAACCACCGCAAGUCGAGCUGA